UCAAACAAUUCGCGAUACGUUCAAAGGUAUAAAAGAAUUUUCACGAUGUAUUACACUCAGUCCUAGUCACUGUAAUCCACUGGUUUAUAGUGCACUUAGUGCAAAAUGUACAAAAAUAUAGUUGUCUUAUUCUUGGCUGUGACAGCCGCCAGCCAGAUCGAAGCUUCGUGCUUCAGAGGAUGCGGCAUCGGUUCUGGUGUUGACGUGUGCUCAGACAACUGCCAACCCUUAGUUGUCAGGCCUCAAGACCUUCCAAAACCCCCACAAGCCACCAUUUCCGUUCCCGGACCCCCAAUCAAAGUUCCGCUCCCAACCAUCCCCCUUGGUGGUCCUUGCUUCUGCAGGAAACCAACAGUCAAGCCUGCCGUUAUCCCAAAACCAGUAUGCAACACUUGCAGAAGGAGGGUGUGCAACACAUGCAACUCAUGCCAGUCUCAGCGCAACCAGAGAAUCGAAGAGGAAGUAGUUGAGAAUCUUGGAUGCGGUGGAAACAGCUUCGGUGAUUUCGGAUCUUACGGACCAGUUAAUCCAGGACUUCCCGGUGUGCCAGGAGGUUUUGCCCCAUACCCAGUCCCUUUACCAGAGACCCGUGAACAGUUAGCUCCAGCUGACCCUGUUUCAGUAUCCAUCGCUUAUAACUUGGCCAAAAGGGCUCAGAACUUGAAAGAAGAUAUCUUGUCUUUCGGUUUCAGGCAGAUGCCCAAAGAAGUCCCAGUUCAACAGAGACAAAGAAACGUCAUCCCUGAAGAAAACUUGUACAGUCUCAAUGGAGCUGUGGUCGAACUCAAACCAGUGACAACUCUUGGUAAAUCUGUGGAUGAAGAAGCUGCUGAACAACUCAUGGACCUUCAAGAAGAAGAGACCGUUGGUGAAUCUGGAGUUCGUAAACUAACCCUGGGUGAAGUCGGUUACGGUUUAGCUAAAGUUCAACAACCAACAGCCACAUAUGUCAACGUACCACCAACACCUCUCACAGUGCCUGCCUGCAAAGACCCAGGAUACAUUCCCGGAAAAGUCAUCAUCGAUCAAAUCCCCAAACUUGAACCUGUUCUGAUCCCCCCAGGUCCCCCAGAACCAUGCGCACCAGAAUGCCCAUGCAGAUACACCAACAAAGGUGAAUUCGGCAGUUUUGGCAGCUUCUCUUCGAAAGUGUCCUCAUCUAGCUCUUCCAGAUCCCAAUCCGGCAUCCUGAUCCACAAACUCUUCGAUUGAUCAGUGAAUUUUAGUAACUGAGCAUUUAGUGACCUGGUUCUUAAUCCCCAGUUGAAAAAUUCCAAAUUAUCCGAAUAGCUCGAAACGAAAAAUUUUGCAGUAUUCUUGUUCGAUAACUCUUCUUCAAAUCAAGCUGAUUCAUUUUUGUACAAAGCUCUUUUUAUUAGUAAUUUUUUGAAUUCUUAGCACUUUUUCAUAUUUCUUUGUUGAAUUUUUAAUUUAUUCUUUCUUCCUUCAAUCAAAUCAAAACAGAUUAACGAACCGUAAAGACUUCCAGUUUUCUUCUUUUUUUUACUUUUUUGUUUUUGCUAUCUACUCCUUUUUGCCUCCUUACUUCCCUUUCCAUUCUAGUCUGAUUUUCAAACUCCGAAUUCAUUACCCUUCUGGUUUUUAUUUUCCAUAUUUCGAUAUUAGAACUAGGUUGCUGUUUUAUCUGUGAUCUUUUUUCUCUCAAUAAUAAACGAAACUAUAAACGA